AUGGAGUAUAUGUUGGACAGGAUCUGGCUCGGAACCAAAUUGGGUCGCGCCCUGGAUCUGCGCUCAUCGCUCACAAAAGAGACUCCCUAUUCAAUAUAUCGAGUAUCGCCGCCGUCUCUGAAACAACUCUUUCCUUUCUCUCUCCGUCUCUCGCCUCGCCGCCUCUCACUUGCUUCCGAUUUCGCCUACUGUCUCACGUCGCGCCUCUCCGCUCUCUCAACUCUCUCUCUCGGCGCCGCCUCCGGUCAAGCCAGCACACAGCGGCAAUUAGGUACUCUUAUACCCGAUUCGGACCGAAUAGAAUAUCAUAAAUUCCACGGCCCAACGCCCUCCACCGUGUCGUGCGCUGCCGUCGGACCCUGCGUCCCUCACCGCCACCGGCCUGACUUCGCUACAAGCUCGAGCUUGAGUUCUGAUGAUGGAGCGUAUGAUUGCGAUAGUGAUUCUGAGGGUUUUGUCGGCGACUCAAUUGAUGAUGAACUUUGCUUUGCCACCGGUGACAUACCCAAGCUGCAAUUUAGGAAAGAGAGGUCAAAGGCGCGGUGGAUGGAAGAGUUGGGAAUGGCUGAGGUGCUGGAGAAAAAGGGUAAACUUUGGAUUACAACCGGGAUAAUUCGUAAUGGGAAGACAUAUUGCUCAAUAGAAGAAACUUUGUAUUUGGCUGAGAUUGGUGCCUUGGAUAUCUUGAAUGUUGACGAUACUCCCCUUCCCUUGAGUGAUAUGUACACAAAGCUAGCAGAAGACAAGGAAAAGUAUGGAUGCUCUUGGGAGUCUUUUGAGGUUUACCGGCACCUGAAGUUUCUCGGGUAUAUUGUUGGCCGACAUGGUGUGCCUUGGUCCAUGAAGAGUGUGAAAAAUAAAGCCAAUGCUGACGGUAUGGGAGAAUCAUGCAAUGUUGACGACAGUUUCAUCACAGAUAUGUUUGGUUUCAUGCAUCUUGGUGGAACCAGACCAAUAUUCGAUGCUUUUCCUCCUAAUAGCAAGUUCAGAAAGUCUUCCUCAGGCAAUCCAUCUUUUAUUCUUUGCCUAGCCAGUGGCCACCCUCCAUCUAGACAAGAGAUCAAGCACCUUGAAACAUGUUGUGGUCAAAUUCCUCUCAAGCUCUAUUUGGUCGAGAAUGGGAGAGUGAGUUUCUUGUCGUUCACCAAAGCUGAGCUGCCCGCCCUUCCGUGACCUACUUGCAGCCACAUAACGCUAUAUAUAUCAAUAGAUGCGGAUCAAAUAAGUUACAGUCACCAUGUAUGCGAGUCAUUGGAGAAAACACCGACUAACUUUUCUCAUUAAUGCUUAAGAGGGUGUUUGGUUAAGCUUAUUUUAGAGAGCUUAUGAGCGUCAAUAGCAUGUUUGAAGAGCUUAUAAGAUGUAGUGUCUCAAGAUCUUAUAAGUUGUCAAAUUGUUUGGAUUGGUAUAAAGAAUUUAUUUUAAUAGCUUGUAAGCUAUAUAGGAGUUUAUUUUACAAAACACUUAUGUAGAAGUAACCUUUUUUUGUCACACUUCUCAAGUGCUUAUAAGCUUUAGCCUCCAAA